AUGCCCAUGGAAAAGAAUUCCUUCUCGAAGAAGCUACCAAAAGAGGCAUUCCUUUCGCUCAAAGAUCUCAUCGAAGCGGGCUGCCCGCACUCUGGGUUGUCAAUCCUUGCGCUCUCCUACCCGUGGCUCACUCCUGAGCAUCCUGACCCGGACGGCGCCAACCUCUGCCGUGUCGCCAAGGCUCUCGAGGCCCUCAUUAACGACGAGGACGAGGAAAUUUUGCGCUUUGGCGUGUUCUGGGACUACCUCUCGCUGCACCAACACCCGGACCCCGCGAACGGCAUUAUGCGCACGGAGGCUGAGAACGCUCUGUUCAAGAAGGGGCUGGGCUACCUGGGCACGCUGUAUUCGCACCAACACACGACCGUGCUGCGGCUGACCUCCUUCCCGGAGGGCCACAGGAAGGAGGACCAACGUGAAGGCGCCAACGUGGCCGAGUACUUUGACCGCGGCUGGUGCUUUACUGAGAACGCUUUGUCGAGUUUGAGCAAGGGCUCCGGCAAGUCUCUCGACCUCGGCAAAAUGACGGGCGGUGCGAUCGAGCAUGGGUCAUGGGGCAUCCUUGAAGGGGGCACACGGCUCGCCCUUGUCACAGAAUGUGUUACGGGCGGCGGGAGGCGGCCGCCGCUGUUGCCAUCGCGGUUUGCGGCGGAGCUGGAGACGAAGAGCUUUACCAACGGCAAGGACGACAAGCCGCUCGUGAAGGGAUUGUACGAGGGCGCCUUCAAGGAGCAAUUUGGCAACGCGACUGAGCUGCGGUAUAUGCGCCUCGGCUGGGGUGAGGAAGAGGCGGCCCAGGUGGCAGAGGUCAUCGCGAGCGGGGCUACCCCGCUUCUGGAAGAGCUCGAUCUUGCUGGCAACCAGAUUGGCGACGACGGGCUCAAGGCACUGGCUGCCGCUUUGGGCAGGGAGGGGAGCGCCCCGCGGCUGCAGGAGCUCGAUCUCACGAGUAACCAGAUUGGUGACGAUGGACUAAUGUCACUGGCUGCCGCCCUGAGCAACGAUGGGGUCGUCCCGCGGCUCGCGAAUCUCAUUCUCGAUGGGAACCGCUUUGGCAACGAGGGACUCAAGGCGCUGGUCAGCGCCCUCAGCAGAGAGAGUGGCGCCUCGCAGCUACAGAGGCUCGAAUUCUGUUCCAACGAAAUUGGCGACGAGGGACUCAAGGCGCUUGCCGCCGCCUUCGGCGGGAAGGGAUGCAUCCCGCGGCUUACGGAGCUCGACCUUAGGGACAACCAGAUUGGCGUCGAGGGCUUCAAGGCGCUGGCCUCCGCCCUUCGACAGGAGGGUGCGUUCCCAAGCUUGAAGGCGCGUGCCUUUCAGCCGCACCACUUUAGUGUACGCGCACGCCAUUUGCCCUUCUCACCCUCCUGGCGCGUUUCGCAGAUUCUCUACGUGGACCACAAGCCUUGGAAGCUGUGGUUCGUAUGUAAGAGACGCGGCAUAAUUCUUUGGCGAGACGGCGGUCUUUUUGCGAAGGCUACUGCAAAAGCAGGAGAGUGGGCCGAGGACGCUAUCAACCGCAUUGGCAAGGCGCGUCGAGUAUGCAGGCUAGUAGGUUCAUGCUAG